ACGUUAGUUUUCUCUGAAGCUAAGCUUGUUUCCUUAAAAAAAAGAAAGUUAAACAAAAAAUGAAGAGAAAAGAAUCUUGUCGUGCCUUCUCAAAUGGCCCAUUUAAGAAUAUAUAUGUUCAAGGCCAACUCGGCAACUACUUCCCAGCUGUUGCAGCUGUUCGUCCCGAACUGUCGAUCCAGCCAUGAGCAACCGUCGAUGGCGCGGCCGCUUUUGACGCGCCCGGGUAUCAAUCGAGCACCGGGGCGGGUGGCAAUUGGCACACACGGUUCACGCAAGAGUCGCGAGAUUCUGAUGUGUCUUCGCCCUCGGCGUCGGCGAGGGCACGGGGACCUUCUCACCGCCUCGCCGGUCACCUUGCCUUCGCCGUUCAUCCUCCCCCUCCCUCGCGCCCUUGCGUGGCGUCGAUCGAUCGGCCGAAGAAUCGUCACGCGUUUCGGCCUCGUCGACGUAAUGGUUGUUCCUUCAUGCUUUCUUCGUCGGCUCCUCGCUCACGCCGUUUCCUCUUUUGCAUGCGUGCGAACCAGGAGAAGCCUCCAGCGCCGCCGACGUCGUCGUCCACGAGCCGUUCGCCACCGCGCCUACUUCGCCAGCUGCCCCGGCCGCCGUAUGGACUCCGGCGUUCACCCCAGCAGCGCUGUCCAUGUCCUUCGGCGACGCCACCGCUGGCAAUGUAGGCGAGGAGGAGGCUAACGAAGCUGUGGAUGCUGGGGAGGAGAAGCCGAGCCGAGGGGAUGAGACCCCGGAGCCGGAGGAGGUGAAGGCUUCGGGAAGAAACGAAGCGCCGGCGGGGAAGAAGCCCGACGAACUAUAUCUCGCGGAAGCGGCGGAGAGUGAGACGCUUCCGCGGCCAACCGCGCAGCACGCGGCGCUGGCGCCCGACCGCCCCGACGACGCCGACACGGUCAAGCCCGGCGGCGGGUGCACGACGCCGCCGCCGCCGCCGGCGCAUGACUCGGAGGGGUCCGACACGCAGAGCGCGGACGACCACGGCAGCCCGCAGAGCGAGAAGCCAAGGACGGCGUCGUCGGCGGGCGCCGCGAAGCGGGACGUGGCUCCCUCCAGCUCCAUGUCGUCGAGGCUGCUCGCGUUCCGGUCAUUCUCGCGGGACAGGAGAGCGAAGGCGCAGCCGGCGGACGCGGCGCCGUCUCCUGGAGACCACAGGCCGCCGGCGCACGGCAAGGCGCGGGACGAGGAAGGUGAGCACAAGGAGAAGGGCAGGGAGAGGCGGAGACGGUUUUGGAAGUGAAGGUGUUCCUGCUGCUGUGAGAUGAACGACGAGGAAUUAAAUUUUGCACGGUUGAUUUUCCUUUGAUUUGCUUUAACUCUGCAAGUGGGGGGCAGCGAUCUUUGAAGCACUCCCUAAUUUUGUAAUCUUAAACAUUUUCCAUUGGUUUGGCGUUGUAAUUAUGUCUAUAACCUUAACCAUUUUUCAUUGGUUUGGCAUUGUAAUCAUAUCAUCUUUUACAGAUAAAAUAAAUAAAUAAAUAAAUAUGAUACUAUU